UUCAUCGUCCAGCAUUCACAGUUGCCUGUGUUUCAGACAGACAGGAGUGGUCUCGUAACGGGAAUGGCUUGCAACCAGAAGGAUUUCUCCUACGAGCUACUAGAAUCCAACACUAUACCUAAAUAACGGAUUUACAUGACAUGUGAUUCAAGGAUUUGGAUUCAUUUUGCUUUGACACAAAACCCUUUGAAUGUUCAUCGAUGUUGAAGUGCAUGGGCCUUUCAUCUAAAAGGUUGACAUUCAUUAAUGAGAGGAGAAGAACCCGAGCGACUGUGUGACUGAGUGUGAAGCGCUCUCCCUCUCCAGAAUGAGUGUGUGUACCGACGGCCCCUCAUACCUGCGGCAGUGGCUGCUAACGGCUGUGUUUGUCUUGGUCGCUCUGUUACCAAUAACCAGUGGCUGCCCCAAAUCGUGCGCGUGCUAUGUUCCCACCGAAGUGCACUGUACCUUCAGAUAUCUGACCGCAAUACCAGGCCAGAUCCAGACAGCUGUGGAAAGAAUUAACUUAGGGUAUAACAGUAUAACCGCAUUGAAGGAGAAUGAUCUGUCUGGGUUCAAACACCUGGAGCUGUUGAUGCUCCACAGCAACACCAUCCACAGCAUCGCUGACAGGGCCUUUCAAGACCUCAAGUCCUUACAGGUCCUGAAGAUGAGCUAUAACAGAGUGAAGGAGAUCAACAAGGACACCUUCCAAGGCCUGGAGGGCCUGGUACGACUCCACAUGGACCACAACCGCAUCGAGUUCAUCAACCCGGAGGCGUUCUACGGUCUGACCAUGUUACAGCUGGUCCACCUGGAGGGCAACCUGCUCCAGCAGCUCCACCCGGAUACCUUCAUCACGCUGAGGCACAGCCAGGUGUUCAAAGUGUCGUCUGUCAGGAACAUCCACCUGUCUGACAACCUCCUCGCCAGCCUCCCUAAAGACGUCUUUGCUGGCUGCUCCCAGCUGGAGAACAUCUAUCUCCAUGGCAACCCCUGGUCCUGCGACUGUCGCAUGGCUUGGUUCCCAGAGUGGGCGGAGAUAAAUUCAGGUGUGCUGAAAUGCAAGAGAGACAGGAAGUAUGCCAGAGAUGAAGCCUGCCCCGUCUGUGAGACCCCUUCUCCCAUUCGAGGCAGAAGCCUCACCCAGCUACCCCGUGACUCCUUCACCUGUACCAAACCCUGGAUCCACCCCCAUCUGAAGCAGAGGAACGUCAGCCUGGACGAGGGGGAUUACACCCCCGUCUCCCCCCGGGAUUUCAUCGCUCCCAUCGGAUCCCUGCAGAUGAACCUGACAGAUCAGUUCCACAAUGACGCUAGCCUUACCUGCACAGUCCAGAGACCAUCAGCCAUGGAGAACCUGACUCUAACCCAGGUGGAGGAGGGGGAGAAGAACGUGACCAUGCUCUCCACCACCAUCUCUACAUGGCUGGUCUGUAAUAUUGACUAUGAGCACAUCCAACAGCUCUGGCGCAUCCUGGCUACAUACAGUGACGUUCCCAUGAGGCUAGAGAGAGGGUUGAUGCUCUCCAGGACCCCAGACAUGAUCUACAAGUACACCCAGAUCAGACCAAUGGAGGGACAUGAUGAAAUCCACACAGAUAUCGAGGCUGAGAUUAAGGCUUCACCCGCAUGGCUGAUGCAAGGAGAGGUCAACUUUCAGCUGGACCGUACCACGACCACAUUCUCCACUCUGCACAUUAAGUACAGGUCAGUGGUUAACCUGCGUGUGGAGAACAAGGUGUCGCAGAGGAGGGACCGUUACAGCUGGACCAUCAUCAAACGAGACAACCAGACUCAGACUGAGCACUCUGUCCUCAUAGGUGGGGUGGUAGAGCUCAACUGCCAGACUUUGGGGGAACCAAAGCCCUCUGUAGAGUGGAUCUUAUCGGACGGCAGUAAGGUACGGGCGCCCUACUCCAGCGAGGACCGCAGGAUAGUGAUCACCGUUGAUGGCAGGCUGACCCUGAGAGGAACAGACACCUCAGACACUGGGCUUUACCGCUGCAUCGCCACUAACUACCUGGACGCAGACGUGCAAAGCUUCCGAGUCACCGUACUGUCUCCCGAUGUGGAGGAGGUAGAGGUCAACGGGGUCAAGCUCUCACGGCCUCUGGGACAGAGCCUGGUUCUAGACUGUGGGUCCACAGGCAGCCCUGAUGCCUCGGUCCAGUGGAUUCUACCUGAUCACACAGUGCUGGAUAAAUCCUAUGGGAACAGGAAGCUCUAUAGGAACGGGACUCUAGGAAUAAAAGAUCUGACCUCCAGAGACCGGGGGUUUUACAGGUGUCUCAGUGCUAACUACCUGGGGGUGGACCUGCUGACUUCCCAGGUGACUGUCACUGGGGAGGGGUACAGGAAGGUGACGGUGGUGGAUAGAGAGGGGUCAGGGGUGGAAGCUGGGGUUGAGUUUGAGGUUGACGGGGGCAUAGAGGAGAGGGAGGAUUCCCACAGUGAGAUCCCUUCCUCCAGCCCCUCUGACAGAACCAUCAAGGAAUCCAGGACCAUCACAUCAGACAGGCCGUACCCCAGACUCAAGUCCUCCUCUCAGGGCAGAGGAUCAGGAGGCUCAGGGGGGAGGCGGAGGGGCCCAGCCAGCAGCAGACGCAUAUGGAGCAACAGGAGGGUCUUUGAUCAAGCCUCCAGGAAAGUAGACCCCCAGAGAUUUGCAGAGUUCAUGAAGAAGGCUCAAGGUGGUUCAGCAACAAAGACAGAGAGGGAGAAAGUAAAAGGAGUUUCUGAGACUGACAUGUCUGCGGACGGGGAUGCUGGAUCUGGGGAGGGUCUGUCUCAUGAAGAUGGACUCGUCGUUUUACCAAGCAGCGUCAUACCAACCCCAGAUACUCCAGAUGAAAGAAAGAUGAGUGUAACUGCAAGCAUAGAGAACGUAAACAAUCAGAACAGUGAAACCAGUUUCAUGACAACCAUGGAGAUCCCAGAUGAUAUUCAGACUAGUUUCACUGUAACAACAGAAAACACUGACAGAGGGACGACAGAGUCAUACAGCCGGUCAGACGCCACACCCAUCGAGUCCACAUUCACCCACGGCCCCGACAUCACAGGGAGUAUCAGUGAAACUCAGAGUGAGGCAGUUACACCAUACAUUCCCAGUAUCAGUAGGUCUAGUGGAACUAGUGGGUCUAGUGGUGAGUCGUACGCUCUGGAGAGGAACAUGACGGUACCCCUGAGGCUACCCGUCACUCUCCGCCUCACCGUGACUGACACCGCAGACGAGACCCAGAUCCUAUUCUCCGGAGAAGCACCUGCAGAUCCGGAGACCUCCACCGGGGCGGCGCUAUCGCUUCUCACCGACCCCAACGUCACCCCCAUGAUGGACAGUCCCAGAUCACCCCCCAGAGGGCCUGAGAUCCACACAGCCACUGACCCAGACAGCCAGACCACCUUCACUGCAGUCACCACCACAGAGAGAGAGCAGGAUGAGAUCACCUUCCACACCACCCAGAGGAUCAAGUCCCCCCGUCUGCCUGCAGGCUCCACCAUCAUCUCCCGCCAGCAGAUCCACAUCAUCCCCCCUAAGAAUGGCCGAGGAGGAGGGGGCCGGAGGAGGAACUAUCCUGGCAGGAGGAGGUUCAUCAAGCCCAACCGAAUCACAGACAUCCAGUCCAUCCUGAACAAACUCAAACAGCCUACCACGGUGAAGAAGCAAGGCAACAGCACAGUACCCUACACUAUGGAGCUGACCACAGACUGUGACUGUGAUGAGGAUGGGAAGAAGAAGACAAGUGGUCAGCGGGUCGUCACACCGACAACAUCGCCUAAAUCAUCGCCUAAAGUCCUUAGCUCCUCUCUAGGAAGAACAGAGAGGCCCAUCUCUACAACACUGGACACUCCCACCACCACAUACUCAACAGAGGCCCCCACCACCACCACCACCCAGCCCACCUCCACUCAAUCUCAGUCCAGAGGUGAGGUAUCCAGCGGCGACAUUACCUCCUCUGAUGCCCCAGAGUCUGACCCAACACACGACCCUAUGACGAGCACAACAGAUGAACCAAUAACCUCCACCAUCACAACCACAACCGCCUCCAAGGUUGUCCGUGGUAAGAUCAACUGGGGCAGGCUGUUUGGGAACAGGGCCAGGCAGAAGGAGAAACUCAACGGACUACGUAAACCAGCCAGGCCCUCUACCACCACAGAGGGUUCAACAACGGUCCAACCCACCACCACCGCAACUACAACCACAACCGCACUGCCCACCCAGCGGUCUCUGGCUGAACCUGUGACUGAGUCACCGUCUAGAGCAGGUAAACACCUGGAGACCCCAGAGAGCUCAUCAGACGAUGACUAUGGAGAUUCAUCGCCUGACUCUGAGGCCUCGACCACAUCCCGGCCUGGCACUAGCCGUGGAACUACAACCCCAGCCUGGCACUACAGGUACUCCAACACCACAGAGUCUUCCCCAGACACUCAGACUAUCGUUACUCCACCCACAGAAAAACCUGCCCCAAGAGAAGACACAGAUGAGGCCUCGUCCUCUGGGUCUGAAUCCGGAGGGUCAGGGGGGUACCUAUCCCGUAGAUUUGGGGGAAACCGGAGACCGAAUGGAGGGUCAGGGGGCAGGAGGCCUUUCAGGGGCAGGAGGCCUUUCAGAAAAACCAUAACAACUACCGAAGCGCCCAGCACCACCAUGGAAACAACAGAGACCACCAUGGAAACCACCAUGGAGACCACCAUGGAAACCACUAUGGAAACCACUAUGGAAACCACUAUGGAAACCACCAUGGAGACAACCAUGGAGACCACCAUGGAGACAACCACAUAUCCCACACGGACCGUCUCCGUCUCCAAGCCCCUGUACACACCCUCCAGGGAAUCAGAAAGGUCUGCAGUGACUGUGUCCACUGACUUAACCUCCGUGGGAGAAACCACCACAGACUACGACUCAUACGAAGAUGAGAACUGGACAGAUGAGAUGGAGUCCACCACUAACCGUCCACGAGCCUACACUUCCACCACCAGGCCCAGAAUGACUUCCAACACACCUCAUCUAACCACCACCUCAAGGCCUUACACUACAUCAUCAACCCGCGUCCAGACUAACACCGACCCCAUCAGAGUGAACACUAACAUCAGGCUCCCGUCAGGGAGAGACAGCCAUUACCAAAUCACACAGAGACCCGUGAUCAGGAGAACCAGGCCAACGGUGUCCAGUAACAGGGCCAGCGGAGGCCCAGACAAGACCCUGACUUUUGACACACUGACUGUUCUGGAAGCAGAGCAAGGGCACACCAAUGGCCCCUACAGCAACAAGGACAUAGACAAUGCCAUCUCUAACGCCUAUAGCCACAUCACCGGCUAUGAUACGACAACCGCUAACAUUGUGGGCUUUGAGCCAUCUACCAAGGACAUGCUCACCAAGCCCAGGAUUGUGGGAGGCAACGCGGCCAGCUUCACUGUCCUGUCCAACUCAGAUGCCUUCCUGCCCUGUGAAGCCGCGGGCAGCCCUGAACCCACCAUCAGCUGGAAACGCUUCUCUUCAAGCACGGGAAGCACAAUGACCAUCAAGGGCAAGAUGGGCAAGUUUGAGGUGUUCCAGAACGGCACUCUGUCCAUCCAGAAUGCCAACAUCAAAGACCGUGGUCAGUACCUCUGCCUGGCUGAGAACGAGCAGGGGUCAGACAAGCUCCUGGUCACCCUGUCCGUGGUGGCCUACCCCUCACGCAUCCUGGAGCCCAAGGUACGGGAGAUCAAGUCCCACUCAGGGAAGACAGUGGAGAUGAAGUGCAAGGCGGAGGGCCGCCCCACCCCUCUAGUCUCCUGGAUCCUGGCCAACCGCACCCAAGUCAGGGGCCACAACUCGGACCCCAGAGUGUCAGUGACCACAGAGGGUACUCUGCUCAUCAAGCAGGUUUCUGUGUAUGACCGGGGCCACUACAAGUGCAUCGCCAGUAACCCAGCAGGAGCCGACACUGCCACUGUCAGACUGCAGGUGGUGGCAGCACCCCCUGGUAUCCUGGAGGCCAAACGACAGCAGGUUCAGGCCAGUGUGGGUCAGAGCCUGUGGUUACCCUGUACAGCUCAGGGCAGCCCCCAGCCCACCAUACACUGGGUCCUCUAUGAUGGGAUGGCGGUGCUGCCCAUGAAGCCCUCUGUGGACCCCAGGGUGUCUGUGUUCGCUAACGGGACGCUCCAUCUGACCGAUACGGCCGCCACAGACAGUGGGAAGUAUGAGUGCAUCGUCACCAGCUCUACAGGGUCAGAGCGCAGGGUGGUGACGCUGACAGUAGAGAAGAAGGAGAUGGCUCCUGAGAUUGUUGAGGCGUCACACCACAGGACGGUGCUGUCGUAUGGGGACCAGCUGAGGCUAAACUGCUCGGCCACCGGGGACCCCAAACCCAGGAUAAUCUGGAGACUACCCUCCAAGGCUGUGGUGGACCAGUGGCACAGGAUGGGAAACAGGAUCCAGGUCCUAGACAAUGGUACCCUGGUCAUAGACUCUGUGAGUGACAAGGAUGCUGGGGACUACCUGUGUGUGGCGCGCAGCAAGGUGGGAGACGACCUCCAGCUCAUGAAGGUCACUGUGUCCAUGAAGCCAGCCAAAAUCGAGCCCAAGACGUACAGCAAGAAGCAGGUCCCCUACGGCAAUGACCUGAAGGUGGACUGCAAAGCGUCUGGAGCCCCGGAGCCAGAGAUCUCCUGGGGUCUACCAGACGGCACCAUGGUUAACAGCGCCCUGCAGGCAGACAGCAGCAGUGGAGGGAGACGCGCACGUCGAUACAUCCUGUUUGAUAAUGGCACGCUUUAUCUCAACCAGGUGGGCAUGGCAGAGGAGGGAGACUACACGUGCUACGCCGAGAACCAGCUGGGCAAGGAUGAGAUGCACGUACACAUCACCGUGGUGACUGCAGCGCCACGGAUACAGACGCCCAGCCGGACCUACGCCCAAGUGAAGCCUGGAGGUGACAUCCGCUUUGACUGCGAGGCCACGGGCGAGCCCAAGCCCAAAAUCCUGUGGAUGCUCCCUACCAACGACAUGAUCGCAGCCUCCAACGAACGCUACCUGAUGCACGUCAACGGGUCUCUCGAUAUCCGGGAUGUUAAGCUUAGGGAUGCUGGUGAGUACGUGUGCAUGGCUCGCAACACCGCUGGGGACGACAGCAAGGUUUACAAGCUGGAUAUUGACGGAAACCCUCCGGUGAUCAACGGCUACUACCAGAACAGGACCGUGGUGAAAGACACGGCUGCUAAGUACUCCAGGAAGUUCAUAGACUGCAAGGCUGCUGGAGACCCGCCUCCGAAGAUCACCUGGAUUAUGCCAGAUAACAUCUUCCUGAAUGCUCCGUAUUUCGGCAGCAGAAUUAUUGUCCACCACAACGGAACACUGGAAUUCCGGAACGUCCGUCCGACGGACAUGGCGGAGUUCAUCUGUAUGGCAAGGAACGACGGAGGGGAGGCGGUGAUGGUGGUACAGCUGGAGGUCACUGACAUGCUCCGACGGCCCAUCUUCAAGAACCCCUUCAACGAGAAGGUGGUGACCCGCAUGGGCAAGACCACGGUGCUGAACUGUUCUGCAGAUGGUCACCCCACACCAGAGAUCAUCUGGCUGCUGCCUAAUGGGACCCGCUUUACUGGCAGCCCCGAUCGGGGCUCGCGCCAACACGUAGGCAACGACGGAACCUUCGUCAUCUACAAUCCCACGAAGGAGGAUGCUGGGAAGUACCGCUGUGCCGCUAAGAACUCGGUGGGCUACAUUGAGAAACUGAUAGUUCUGGAGGUGGGCCAGAAACCUUUAAUCCUCACCAGGCCCAGAGGGAUCAUACGCAGUGUGUCUGGGGACCCUCUGUUCCUCCACUGCCUGGCUGAUGGCAGCCCCAGACCCAGCAUCUACUGGACCAUCCCUGGAGGUCACACCCUGGUAAGGCCUCAGGUCCAUGGACGCCACCAGCUGAUGGAGAACGGGACCCUGGUUGUCAGGGACACCACCCUCCACGACCGGGGAAACUACGUGUGUCGGGCAGGGAAUGACGCAGGCGAGGCGGUUCUCACAGUGCCGGUCAUCAUCAUCGCCUACCCUCCCCGCAUCACCGCGGGACCCCCUCCCACCGUGAGGGCGGUGGCGGCGGCACCCAUACAGCUCAACUGUGCCGCCAUCGGGAUCCCAAAGCCAGAGAUUACCUGGGAGCUGCCUGACCGCUCUGUGCUCUCCACGGCGGGGAAAGGGCGGCCCACGGGCAGCGAGCUGCUCCACCCACAGGGCACGCUGAUCAUCCAGAGACCCACUACAGCAGAUUCUGGCACCUACAAGUGCCUGGCCAAAAAUCACCUGGGCACGGACUUACGGGUCACAUAUGUACGUGUGCUGUGAGGACCAGCGCUGACUAAAGGGGAAUAUAGAACCCCUGGACUAUAAACUGUAAACAGACACAGAAACUUCACAGUCCUACAAUGUACAAUGUCAGGACAGACUGUUUUCCACAUGUGGACUUGUGAGGAGCGGGGUUUGUGGAAUAGUUUGACCACGGUACAGCUCACAUCAAUCAGCCAAGUAGCAGAACCGGAUUAUUGAGAGGAGGAGGAGGGAACAAAAAUAAAGGGAAACAGUACAGAAAAGGAUCUCUUCUUUUCCAAGAAAGACGGACUAGCUGUUAUUCUUAUUGUAACAUAGUCGGAGGUCUGGAAACCCACCACUGCUUCUUUUUUGUUUUGUUUUUUAAAGGGUCUAGAGACUGGGUCUGACAGUGAGGUUACAUGUUUUUAAAGGGUCUAGAGACUGGGUCAGACCGUGAGGUUGCAUGUUUUUAAAGGGUCUAGAGACUGGGUCUGACAGUGAGGUUACAUGUUUUUAAAGGGUCUAGAGACUGGGUCUGACAGUGAGGUUACAUGUUUUUAAAGGGUCUAGAGACUGGGUCAGACCGUGAGGUUGCAUGUUUUUAAAGGGUCUAGAGACUGGGUCAGACCGUGAGAUUACAUGUUGACAGUUCUGACCCAACACUAUACUGUUACAGCCAAUGGAGAGAGAGGAAGACAAAAACUCCCUCACUAUGUUCCCUUUGGACACUGCCUCAAUGUUUGUCUCUUUUUUUGGUUGUUUAGUGACUGAUUUGCUGCAAUGACAGAGAGAGAUGAAUAACUAUUACGAGAAUAUUUCUACCUAUUCUGACUUUGCUGCUUGUUUAUAUACAGGCAGUAUAUUUUUAUGGACUGCCAAAUAUAUAUUUCUCAUAUACAUUUUACACUGGAUUAUCAUACAGUUUUUCAUAAACCAUUUCCCACAUUUUCUAAAUGUUGAUCUUUUUGAAUGAGCUUUGUUAGUUUGUCAUGUUAUUCUCUAUCUACCCUAUCAUGGUUUGAUAGUGCUUGAGUAUGAAUACCAACUUUUAAUGGAUGUGAAAUUAUAAUUUACACAGUAUUCAGUGGCAUUAUAUGAACGGUCUCUCAACGUAAAUACAAUUAUGCAUUACUGGUUUAUUGUAAUAAUAUAUUUAUGCCUUUUGUAGCUAAUAACGACUUUGUGGAAAUUAAUUGGUGCUUAGCUGUAAAUGAACGGAACCCGGGAGAUGAAAUUAAACCAAAGAUGGAACGUG